AAAUCCGGCGCGGUGAGAGGGUUGCGCCUGCGCAGAGCGGCGGAAGAGUAGGCCCGCGGCAGGCGGCGACGGCAGCAGCAGGAGGAGCUGAGCGCGGCGCGGCCCGGGCGAUUCCCCACGAUGACGCAGUUCCUCCCCCCCAACUUGCUGGCACUCUUUGCCCCCCGAGACCCCAUCCCUUAUCUGCCCCCUCUGGAGAAGCUGCCCCAUGAGAAACACCACAACCAGCCCUACUCUGGCAUUGCCCCUUACAUCCGGGAGUUUGAGGACCCACGUGAUGCCCCUCCACCCACCCGUGCCGAGACCCGUGAAGAGCGGAUGGAGCGGAAGAGAAGAGAGAAGAUUGAGCGGAGGCAGCAAGAGGUGGAGAGUGAGCUGAAGAUGUGGGACCCACACAACGACCCCAAUGCACAGGGUGAUGCCUUCAAGACCCUAUUUGUGGCCAGAGUAAACUACGACACAACAGAAUCCAAGCUGAGAAGAGAAUUUGAAGUCUAUGGCCCUAUCAAGCGGAUCUACAUGGUGUACAACAAGAGAUCGGGCAAGCCGCGGGGCUACGCCUUCAUUGAGUAUGAGCACGAGCGAGACAUGCACUCGGCUUACAAGCAUGCAGACGGCAAGAAAAUUGAUGGCAGGCGUGUGCUGGUGGAUGUGGAGCGUGGCAGGACAGUCAAGGGCUGGCGCCCACGCAGGCUUGGCGGUGGCCUUGGGGGCACCCGGCGAGGUGGUGCUGACGUCAACAUCCGGCACUCCGGCCGAGAUGACACCUCCAGAUACGAUGAGCGGGACCGUGACCGGGAGCGUGAGCGUGACCGGCGAGAACGGAGCCGAGAGCGGGACAAGGAGCGGGAGCGGCGCCGCAGCCGCUCCCGGGAACGCCGGCGCCGCACCCGCAGCCGCGAGAAGGAUGAGCGCAAGCGGAGCCGAGAGCGCAGCAAGGACAAGGACCGGGAGCGUAAGCGCCGCAGCCGUAGCCGAGACCGCAAGCGGGACCGGGACCGGGACCGUGACAAGAAGGACGAGAUGCUGGAGCCCGGCGACAUUCCACCUGAGGAGGUGCCCCUGGGCGAGCUGGGCAUGGAUGGCCUGGAGAUGAAGCUGGAGGGGGAGGAGAAGGGCAGGGACAGAGACAGGGAUCGGGAGCGCGACCGUCGGCGCAGCCACCGUGACAAGGACAGGGAGAGGGAUAGCCACCGUGACCGAGACCGCCGGCGGGACCGUGACCGCGACCGUGACCGCGAGCAUAAGCGGGACCGGGAGCGUGGGGAGCGUGGUGCUGAGAAACGGGAUGACCGGGCAGCCCAGGACAACGGCGUGCCCGAGCCCCUGGAGGAGAGCAGCCAGGACAUGUUCCUGGACCAGGAGUCCAUGCAGUCUGGCGAUGGCUAUGUCUCCACGGAAAAUGGCUACCUCCUUGAGCCCCCUAUGGAGUGAGUACCCCCCACCCCUAGCUGGACAGAUUUUUUUUUUUAUUUUUUUUUUGUUUUGUUUUUGUUUUAAUUUUUUUUGGGGUGGGGGGGUGCAGCGGGGGAUGAGUUGGGGCCUGGCUCCCCUUCCUGGCUGCCGGCUGCAUCUCUUGCUCCCUCUUCUUCCCUCUCUUUUUUAUCCUUAAUUUUUUUUUUUUUUUUUAGGUGGGUAAGUUUGUCCCCCCUCCCCCACGUUCUGUAGCGUGUUCCCCUCUCCACCAGUCCCCUCCCUUGCCUCAGUGUAAUACACCCUUGGGUACCUGCACCUGCUUUUUCUUUAACCACAAUAAAGGUGUUUUAAUGUU